ACCCCCUCGCGUCCCUCACUUCUUCCCUGCUGUUAAUCCGGAGUAGAGGGCCGACUCGCCGACUCUAACGGAGGCCAACAAAACACUCCUUUUUGAAUAUAAAUUUCAUCAAUCACCGCUAUGGCAGCAAUUAGGAAAAAGUUGGUGAUAGUUGGAGAUGGUGCGUGUGGAAAGACGUGUCUCUUGAUCGUCUUUAGUAAGGACCAGUUUCCUGAAGUGUACGUGCCCACAGUCUUCGAAAACUACGUAGCCGACAUUGAAGUGGACGGUAAACAGGUUGAACUAGCCUUGUGGGAUACAGCUGGUCAAGAAGACUAUGACAGAUUGCGCCCACUCUCCUAUCCAGAUACUGAUGUGAUCCUUAUGUGUUUCUCCAUCGAUAGUCCUGACAGUCUCGAAAACAUCCCUGAAAAGUGGACUCCAGAGGUUAAACACUUUUGUCCCAAUGUUCCUAUUAUUCUGGUGGGAAACAAAAAGGACCUACGCAAUGAUGAACACACCCGAAGGGAACUUGCCAAAAUGAAGCAGGAACCAGUGAAACCAGAGGAUGGACGGGACAUGUCAAACAGAAUUAAUGCCUUUGGAUACAUGGAGUGCUCUGCAAAAACAAAGGAUGGUGUGAGGGAAGUUUUCGAGAUGGCCACUAGGGCUGCACUACAGGCCAAGAAGGGCAAGAAGACCAAUAAAUGUCUUCUACUGUAAUAGGAGGACUGCUUCCUGCUGGGGAAGAAGGAGCAUUGGGUUGAAACCUGCCCCCAAACCACACAGACUGUUCUCCCAGUUUUUACUAAAGGUGUAAUGCUUUUACUUUUUGUCUUAAGCCAGUAGUCAGGUUCUGUCAGUAUUCGAGUUUGAGGUAAUGGAAAUACUUUUUGUACUUUUUAACCUAAGUAAAUCUGCCAUAUUGAAACUUUCUUUUUCAACUCUCGCUCUGUAAUGGAGGUCAGCCCGGGGACCAUUGAGUCAUACCUGCCAACUACAGUUAAGUGCUUGAGCCCCGCUGCUGAUCUAAAGAAUGUUUCCACAGCCAACUAGGAAGGAGUACCUGUGCACUGUGACCCAUAGUCUUUCAAAUACUUCAACAGAUGCUCAUGCUAAAUGCUAGUGUGCUUCUGCUUCAAAGUUUGGUGCACACAGACUGGAAACUCAUUUGGUAAAUUACAAAUGUUUGUGUAAUUAAUUUGUUUUUUUCCAUUUGGAGUACACAUUUAACAUGUCAAUUUGUGAAGUAUAAUGCAAUUAACAUCAACACACAUUUUUAAGGUCCAUGUUGAUGCUUUGAAAGGACUGAUUAUGACAAUUUAAAAACGAAAUCUUAUGAAUCAGUAAACCUAUUCCUGCAAAAAUAUUUGCCAUUGAAGGCAUUGCACACAAUAAAUAUGUGCUUUACAUUUAUCA